GGCCUAAUUGAUGGGUAAAAUCUGAUAGUAUAGACGUGCCUCAGCUAGGAGGUACGGACACUACAGAUACUAGAGAUACUACGGAGCGAUGGUUCUUGCGCGAUAGUAGCAUGCUAAGUAGAAUAAAGAAGAUGUGUCAAAAACAAGAUUUUAUUUCAAUCCGUUUGUUUAAUAGAGAGAAAUAAGGAAGUAAAAGAAACAAAGAAGAAGGAAAUGAGGAAGCAUCGUAAGCAGCAGCAAACAAAAUCAGUGAAAGCUAUGUGAAGAACGUUUACUAACAGAAACCAAACAACAAACAACCAAUAUAAAGCUAUUGUCUUUAUAAACCUUCAUGAGAGAUUGCUAGAAAGCUCCUGCCAAGCAUGGGGUGCUACAAGUACAAACGCCUCUUGACUCGCAUGUGUCUAUGCCAGCAGGGUUUACUCAAUCCAAAUUCAUCUGUAAAACUCUCCUUGGCUUUCUUGCAAAAGAGAAGUUGUAUCCUUGCAACAUUGAAUGACUCGAUCAAAAUCUGUGGAGAUAGAUUGCAUGGUGUAUGGAACGUUUCUGAGCAAUCUCCUCGUAUGAUCGUAGGCGGGGCUAUUUUUCUUGCCAGUUUCCCUGCCAAUUUACGCAUAAUUGACUGGGUACCUGUAGAGUAUGCUUCAUGCUUGUAGACAGAAUACGAUGGUUGCUUUUAACAGUCAACAGGAUUACGCCUAACAUAUUGUUGAUCCCAGCCGCACAACUUGGACGAAAGUUUUAAAGGCUGCCAAGGAAGGCGGCUUGAAUUUCAAGACUGUGAGUCCAACAAAUUGUUUAAAGCAAGAAGUUUAGCAAUGUGGUAAUACAAACAAUCCACCUUAUCUACUGUUACAUUACUAUAAGAAUCCAAUGCUCACAAGAAAUCAGUAGUGUUAUUAUGCCGAUUGGGAAUUUUGUUCAGUUUAGUGAAAAUGGUCAUUUUGUCUUAAUGAUACGCCCAUAUUUAAGGCUUAAUUAUUCAGAAA